AUGACCGAAAUAGCACCAGGUAUAAGAAUCUUGACGGUUACACGAGCAGCAACCGGCUACGGCUUUAGUAUUCAUCGCGUAGCUGGUAAAUCUGGACAUUAUAUCCAGAACGUAGAUGCCGGCGGCGCUGCAGAAGCAGCCGGUUUAAAAGCCAAUGAUUAUGUUAUUGAAAUCAACUCCAUCAAUGUUGAAGACAAACAGCAUGCCGAUGUGGUUACUCUCAUUAAAAGCGGUGGCAACCAGAUUUUAUUCUUAGUCGCUGACAAUGAGGAUGCCGCAAGAAGAAGAAAUGUAACUACAUCCGUUUCAACUUCUGCUUCAAUGACCACUUCGUCGACUACAGUUACAACUGUAAGUAGCAAGAGAUUAAUAAGCAUUGAACGUUCGUCGGGGCUUAGCUUUGGCUUUACCCUUCGAGAUGAUGGCAAUCAAAGUGGCCAUAUCGUGACACAAGUGGCAAGCGGCAGCCCGUCGGAAAUGGCUGGUAUGGCAGUCGGUGAUCGCGCUGUUGAAAUUAACGGAACAAACGUUCAAAAUCUUACUACUAAUGAUGUGGUUAAAAUUAUUAAAAGUGGCGGUGAUAAAGUUACACUUUUGCUGGUAGAUUCUAUUACCCAAACCACCAAUGGUAAUGCUACUAAUGGAUCAGCCGCCAAGGCAGAACCCUCUAUCUUCACAUUUAAUGGCACAAGAGCAAUAACCAUCCGUAAAGGACAACUCGGUUUUGGGUUUACUGUACAAGGUUUACUCGGGCGUCGUGGCCACACCAUUCAAAACAUUGAAAGUGGACUACCUGCGGAACAAGCUGGUUUAAAGAAUGACGAUUACUUGAUUGAAGUUAAUGGUCUUAACGUAGAAACCUUUAACCAUGCGGAGAUUGUUCAAGUUAUUAAGGAGGCCGGCGAUUCUUUAACAUUUGUAGUAUGUGACCUGGGCGAAACUCCGUUCAUUGCACAAACUUCUAACGUCUCCGCUGAUGCUGCACUAGGUGUUGCUACUAGUGCUGCAGCGAUUGAAUCUGUAGCUCCUGCUGCUGCUGCUGCUCCAGCUCCUACAAGUAAACAAGUUGAAGAAGAGGCUGCAGCUACAACAGUUGCUGCUGCAGUUGUUGCCGAUGUUGUUGCUGAGAAAGCGGAGGAAUCAGAGGCUACACCCGCUCAGAAUGGAAAUGACAUUGAUUCAUCAAGAAGAGAAGUUACCUUGCGUCGUGGAGCCAAAGGUUUUGGUUUCAGCUUGCAAUGCGAAAAAGGACGCCGUGGUAAUUUCAUCCAAGCUGUUACACCUGAUGGCGUUGCUGAUCAAGCGGGUCUUCGAAAUGGUGACCGCGUUCUAGAAGCUAACGGCAAGAACGUGGAGAAUUUGAGUCAUCCAGAAGUUAUACAAAUUGUAAAAGCUGGUGGAGAUACUAUAAUGUUUGUAGUGACGGAUAAAAAUUUGGAUGAUGACACAAGAGUGAUUACUAACAAUUUCGCUCCGGUAGCAGCAAAUGAGCUUGUUUUCGAAAACAAGGAACGUCUUCUGUCCAAAAUUUCAAAGAGCCUGCCAACCUUUGAUGGCAAUUGGCAAUUUAAAGUUGACAAUCUUAAUAUGCUUUAA